GGACAUGCUAAAAUCUAGAAAUAAGCCAACCAUCGGUCUAGAAGUAAAUGCUAUUUGCAAGCGGAAGUAUUUAUUUCCGCGUGUGAGUGUACAACGUUCCUUCGGUAACUGGAUUGCAGUGGCGUACUGUCAUCAGGACAUCACCUCGGUUGUUAGUACCCCAUCAUGUUCAGUUAAACACCGUAUGGAGUCACUUAACCUUAAAUGCAGUAUAGUCCUUAAACAAUCGAAAACAGGUUAUUGGAUCAGAUCCACUUCAUGACGAGAGGUCCAUCCCUGUAAGAUGCGCAAAACAACGAUAUGGGAUUUAUCAAGCAUGUCAUCGGUAUCGCAUGCCUUAUUUUAUACGCUUCCGCAGCCAGUACUCCUUGUAGUAACUGUGACGGAAACAACGUGACCUGUGUUGACGGUGUGUGUCUACCUCGCUGUGUCAAUGUGACGUCAUCUGGAGAGUGUCUCCAGUGUCGGGACUCCAGGUUCUAUCGUAAACAGUGUGAACAUGACUGUCCAGACAACUGUCUCAACUCUCGCUGUCAGAUGGACAACACCCGUGUUGUGUGUACAGAGGGAUGUGUGGCCGGCAGGAAGGGAGAUAACUGUGGUGUGACCUGUCCUACAGCCUGUACACAGUGUGAACGUUAUGGUGAUGGUUGUACAGGACCGUGUCAGAAUCCCCGGUAUUACGGUCCACACUGUAGAACACCUUGUUCCUCCAGCUGUACAGAUGGAUGUAAUAGGACCACGGGGGAGUGUGGCAGCUGUGAGCCAGGUUACAUGGGGGACAAGUGUAAUGUUACCUGUCCCCCAAGCUGUAGAGAUGGAUGUGACAAAGACACGGGGGAGUGUGGCAGCUGUGAGCCAGGUUACACAGGGGACAAGUGUGAUGUUACCUGUCCCCCCAACUGUAGAGAUGGAUGUGAUAAAGACACUGGGGAGUGUGUCAGCUGCGUGUCGGGCUACAGAGGGAAGAACUGUAAUGAUGCCUGUCCCCCCAACUGUAGAGAUGGAUGUGAUAAGGACACGGGGGAGUGUGACAGCUGCGUGUCGGGCUACAGAGGGAAGAACUGUAAUGAUUCAUGUCCCUCCAACUGUAGCGAUGGAUGUGAUAAGGAGAUCGGAAAGUGUGAGAGUUGUAAUCCAGGGAACAGUGGGAAGUACUGUAAUAUCUCCUGUCCUAUCACCUGCAGCGAAGUAUGUAAUCAAGACGGUGGGUGCAUCUUGACCGUUAAGACCACUGUUGUGGUAGCUGUGCUUGUAAUGGCUGCUUUGAUUCUCCUCCUGAUCAUCAUUCUGAUGUACACAAGAAGAAGAUUUAAACGACGACAACUUUUACCGAAAAGAAUAUUCCCAGGCACUUCAAAUCCAACUUAUACAUCAUGUGCUGAUUCGAUGUUACACGUUGACGUGUGUGAAGAGCUCAGCGGAGACAAAUGGAUUGAAUACAUGCUAGAAGAGUUUAAAAAGCUGCCUUCUCCGGGUAUAAAACCUACCUACUGUGCCUCCUUGGAAGAGAACACCGAGAAGAACCGGUACAAAGAUGUGCUACCGUUUGAUGCCACACGAGUACCCCUGGUAAUAGAGGAGGAAGAUGACAGUGACUACAUCAACGCCUCUUACGUAGAUGGUUACAGAGAACAAACACGCUAUGUUGCAGCGCAAGGUCCUUCUGAGGAAACAGCGGACGACUUCUGGAGGAUGAUAUGGCAGCUGAACACCACCAAGAUUGUCAUGGUUACAAACCUUGUGGAAGCGGGGAAGGUGAAGUGCGAGAGGUACUGGCCGUUCUGCAGCUCUGAGUCCACGAUGUAUGGCAGAAUGAGUGUUCAGUGUGUAGAGGAGAAGGUGUACCAGACAUACACGCUCCGCUCCCUGGCCAUCUGGAAGGAAGGUGCACAGACAAGAGUGAUCAACCAGUUCCACUUCACCAAAUGGCCUGACCACGGGGUUCCGGAGGACACCACAGCACUAUUACACUUCUACCGAGCAGUGAAAGACACGGGACCAGAUUUCACAGGACCGCUAGUUAUUCACUGCAGUGCAGGUGUUGGACGGUCUGGGACAUUCUUAGCGUUGGACUACCUACUGGACCAGGCCAGGAGCGAGGGUCGAGUCUGUGUCUACAACUGUGUGCAACACUUCCGUAGGAAGAGGAUGAAAAUGGUUCAGACAAAAGAGCAGUAUGUCUUCAUAUACAGCAUUCUGAACGCAGCUCUACGGUCUCUUGAGAUCCUCCCCCGUGCCAAGAAGCCGAUUCGUGUCCAGUGUGAAAAAUGCUGGUUCAAGGUCAAUGCAGAGAUGAGUGAUGGUGACAGGGAUGUGGACGAGGAGGACGAGUAUCACCUGCUGUGGACGUGUAAGUUGGAGGAUAGACAGAAACUCAUACCAGGAGGCCCGACCCCUCUCCCAGAUGUCAUUACCGUGGUCAGUGAAACCCUGCCCUUGCUGGAGAGAGGGGCAGAUCACCCUGACGAGGAGAGACUUUCACCAAAGAACACAGACAAUAAAGAAGGGAGAAUUAGCUGGGUCACUGCCCUGUAGAAUCAGCAGACCUGGACGUACACAAUGGUCAUUAUGGACAUACACAAUGGACAUUGUCUUAAAACAAUGCGAGGUCAACUUACUCAACACUGGUUUCAUAAACGCGAACGAGAUGAAAAUACAGAUAAUAUAAGGAUAUUAAGAGAAUAUGAUCUCUUUAAUACACGUCUUUGAAGGAAGGACAUUUUGAGCUUUGUAUAUGCAUGUAUUCUUAUACUUUUGACAUUUUAAAUCAUGAUUUAUUUCUUAUUUUAAGUCAGUAGCUAGGGUAUUUGUAUGAUGAUAUUUGCAAAGAUAUUAUUAUUCCUUUUUUCAAUUAGCUAACAUUUCGCUAUAUUUAUGAUGUACAAAUGUAGUUUGUAUUAUUUCCUUAUUAUGUGUAAUUAACAGUGAAACACCGUUAGCCGGACGCCCCGUUCGUCCGGAAACCCUGCCUACAGGGCGAUCUUGGUACGAACGACUCUUAUAAACAAGUGGGCAUUGCUCCACCCAUGAUACAUUAAUCAGGAAACGUAUUAAACCGGAAUCAAUAAGAAGGGUGUACAACCGGAAUUUUGGUUUCACUGUACUGUAAUGAAAUGUGGCAAUCAAAUGCUAAUGUUUUGAUACACUCUGUUUGAUACAUUGCAUAUUAUUUGUGAUUUUUUUUUAUUGUAUUUAGUAACAUAUAGACAUGUGUCAUAUAUCUGGCUUUUUUUGUUAUGAGAUAGACGGACUUGUGUAUUAGUUUCUGCCUUUAGCAGAUUUAUAGAUAAAUGGUUGAGUCGUUUAACAGCUUAUGAGCACAAAAGAGUGAAAUUGGAAAAAAAUAUAAAAUGAAGAUUAUUUUACAUUUUUCGAUUGUAACGGGGAAUGUAAUGUUUCAGUUUGCUUGUAAAUAAGAGGUGAUGCUAAUUUUGUUUGCCAAGGCUGAUUCUUAACGCAGUAGAACAGUAACCCGCACGUUUACGUAUACAUAAUUGUGUCGGCUGUAAUGUGUAUGUUGGGGUUAAGGUUUAUCUAAAGAGUGAUCUUUGGACAAAGUGUAAUUAAAUUAGAUUGGUUCGUAUUUGAUAAUGAUUGGUUAAUUUAGCAUUACAUAGAGUCACUAUAUCAUAUCUAAUAAUGAUAUUAUGGUAGGACAUUUUGCAUCAGUUUUGUUUUAAAUAAAAAGCCCAUAAUACGUGCCAGUACAGUCACAAAUCAUUCAGUUUGAGUGAGUAAGUGAGUAUGGUUUUACGCCGCUUUUAGCAAUAUUCCAGCAAUAUCACGGCGGGGGACACCAGAAAUGGGCUUAACACAUUGUACCCAUGUCGGGAAUCGAACCCGGGUCUUCGGCGCAACGAGCGAACGCAUUAACCACUAGGCUACCCGACCGCCCCCUUUCAGUUUGAUGCAGUAGAUGCUGAUGACAGUGACUCAAACACAUAUUUCCGUGGCAUGAUUCACUCAGUUAUAUGAGUGAAGCAUUGAAAAUGUACUUAAUUCAAUUAACACUUUGGCCUUUAGUGUGAAUGGGUGAGUGAGUUGGGUUUAACGAUACUUUGAACAGUAUUCCAGUUGUAUCACGGCGUUAUUGGCAUUUACAAGCUAGAGUAUUACAGAAGACAUUAGCAUGGACUUCUUAACUGUUAAGCACUUAUUUCUCUACAGUGCGACAUGUUGGUACGGUUUCAUUCAUCUGUUUUACUUGCGGGAUUGUUCGCUUCAUCUCUUCACAUGUUUUCACAUCAAUACAUAAGUGUUUUAUGACCUAGCAUAAUUCUUUAAAAGUUUCAUUUCCUGAGUGAUUUGUCAUCAACCGUUUAGCAAUUAUUAUUAUGUUUAAAUAAAUUUUCGAGUUGGUUUCCCGAAAAUGCGACAUAGAUAAAUUUUCGUUUCAAAGUCCAGUUUCACAGGACCGUGCUUGGCGGAAAUAUUUACUGAAAUCGUUUUCACAAAACUGGUUAACUGCCACCGGGGCAGAAUGCGGAACAUUUUCAAAUUCUGAUAUUUUUCUUCCCUGUUUAAUUAGCAGGAGCAUGACAUCUGUCCAAGGUACACUUUGUGUAAACAAAAGAAUAAAGAGGGCAUCAAGUAUGUUUUUGAUAUCGCCAAGUUGUAUUUGAACGUUCCACUCUUUGAACACUACUAUUUUCUGAUUCUAGGUUGAUUACGAGCUUACAGUACAUAUCAUAUACGUCAGUGAGAUAAAACCCCACAUAACCCCACUAUCCGAAAUAUUAUCAACAUGUAUUAUAAUAGAUUUACAAUAAGCAAAGUAUGUACAGUAUUACAUUUAACGAAAUAUUUGAUAUUUAAUUAAGUAGAAAACAGCAUCUACGUGUAUUAGUCUAAGUGUUAUUUCUCUUUUUCUAUGGAUUUACAUUUGUUAUAUUUGAAUGGGUUUUGCACAUAAUUAAGAAGUGUGGCUUUUACAAACAGUGUCUAAAUAUACAAUCAUAACACACCAUUGUAGUAAACCCUCGAUAUCUCUAAAAUGACUUUCAAUAGAUAUGUAAGAUAUAUGUAUUUACGUUACAUGUGUACGUGCAGUUGGAGAUAAUUGGAUUGUACAAAGGUACACAUAGCUUAUAGUCCAGAUAUACUGGAUGACCACUUUGUAAAUAUCUAUAGAAUGCAGUUAACUUCUGCAUAAUAUUCUGUUUGAGCAAAUGAUCAUUGCAAUAAACGUGUAAAAAAAUCA